UUUUUUUCUGGGGUUGUGUGGCCAUCGGAAUUACCAGAGACCCGCCCUGACAUUAGAGCAGUCGCUGUCAAGGAGCACAAAUACUCAUCCACGAUAGAAGGACGCGUCAUCGGUGCAUGGGCCGCCGACACAAUUAGCUGUCCAGAGGGCUGAUGAUCGGCCGAUGAUCGGCCUCCCAGGCUCCGUCUCCUCAGAUGUCGCAGACACAAGCUCGCGGAGAUAUCAUUUCACCGGGCGAUGUCACCAAACAUGUCCAUAAACAUAAGUAAGCGACACGCGACGACGGUAAAUUGACAGACAGCGCGGAAUAGAAGCCGUCCGUCUUCGAACACAGACAACGCUCUGUCGGCGGCGCUCAACGGAGACCAUCCAUACCACGGUCCGGCCCAGCACAUCGCAGACACUGUAUGCGCCCUACGAUUCGGGUAUAAAAGCUCGCGUGUCUUCCUCACUUUCAGCAGCUCUUCUCCUCGAGCCCGCCGUACACUUGCACCACUGCCUACCCAUCCUCAACUUUGUCAUGGACUACAACCGCAACAGCGGUCCGCUCUCCAUCCGCUACGUCACCGCCCAGCUCGAAGCUCUCUGGCGCAACGCGGACGAGUGCGCCGCGAAUGCCUCCCCCUCUGACUACAAGUCGGCCGAGUACGAGGGCACCCGGUACAUCCGCGCCCUCCGCGAGUUCCACUUCCUCACCAAGCGUCCCGCCACCGGUCUGCGCGAGGACGACCUGUUCUUCUCGGCCAAGUUCGCCAUGCCGGAGCUCAAGUUCCUCUGCAACCACACCACCUUCCUUCGCCUCAUCGUCGAGUCCGGUCACCUCAACCUGGCUUACAAGGACUCGGCGAAGCCGGGUGCACGCGCAGAUCACUCGAAGAACGUUCCCUUGAAGGCCGUCGAGGUCGUGUUCGCGCUUCCCAUUCUGCGCAGUAACGUCAGCGGACGCGACGAAAAGGUCGGCAACCUGGGCGUCAGGCACCUCGUCCAGAUGAUGAUCCUCGCUCUCGAUCAGGAGAAGCUCGUCAAGUUCACGGCUGGCGACGACGAGCUCAACGACGAAGCCAAGAGUGCCUUCCAGGUCUACCUGAAGCACUACCUACGCUUCCUCCAGACGUCGGGCAACCACGUCAUGUUCGACCUGCCCGACUUUGACGACAACAAGCACCGCCCGCGCAUCGACUACUCGGUCAUCCGGACCGAGGGCACGGACGAACUGCGCCAGCUGAUCUCCAAGGACAUCAAGAUUCUCGAUCACGUCGACCCCGCGCUCAUCGCGCAGUUCUACCAGAUGCACUGGCAGAACGCGUCUGGCAAGCGCAACGGCCCGGCGUGGGGCAAGCUAGACCUGUGUCUGGCGACGAUCUGCAGCGACUGGAUCAACGGAUGCACGCUGGAGAACACCCACUUCUUCAUCAACUUCCACUCUCCGACGGUCGAGCCUCUGUGCAACCAGGAGGUCAUCAUCAAGUUCAACAUCAAGGAGCUCGGCUUCUUCGAGAAGAGGGGCAUCGACGAGAAUGUGAGCCCGACGGUGGACCUCUCUGACCAGCAGUGGCAGUUCGCCUUCAUCGUCAAGUGCGUCAAGGCCGAAGGCCUCGGCGUGGUGACCUUGGACCUCGACACUGCACGUUUCUCCCGCUUCGACUCGUUCUUCGGCCAUGGCGAGCCCGACGAGCAGACCAAGCACUACAUCGACCUCAUGAUCAAGUUCUUCUCCCACGACUACAUCGAUAUCCUCGCCCGCUUCAGCCUCCACAUCAUCCUCGGCCUGCCCCUCGCGCCGGACAACUUCGGCAAGGAGUACGAGGCCGAGUGGACGGAGACGGACGAGAACGAGGGCGACCGCUUCGCGAGGAAGCACACGCACGCUAUGAUGUGGUCUGAGCGGAUCCAGAACACGACGAUCUCCCCCGGCUGCCACGAGGUCGUUGCACUCUCGGAGGAAACCAUUAACCGGGUCCUGCGGAGCCGAUUGGAGACGGUGCAUGAGUGGCAGAUUGACGAGCUGUUCUCGAUCAAAAUUCUAGACCUGAAGGUCCGGCUAUUGACGAGCGGCAAGGCGAUCAUCUACAUCCAGGCGAACGGCAUGAUUUCGGUCCGCAAGAGGGAGAAGUCGCUCAAGUGGUGGACGAGGCUGUUCUGGAUGCGGCCCCAGCCGACGGAAGAGCUCGAGAAAGUCAACUUCGACGCCUGCACCACCACCACCACCACCCCCACGGGCGCUCGCUACGUCGAAGAGCUCUCUAACGUUAUCGACCUUGGCACUGACGAGACCUCUCCCGAGAAGCUCAAUACCCUUAGGCAGUACAUCCCCGAGUACCUCGCCGCCCUCACCCACUACGGCCACAACAUUCUCCACACCGUCCCCAUCUGCGAGUUCCCGCGCGUCGACGGGCCCGUGGAUCUGUUCGCGUUCACCGAGGUCGGCCACCGCGUCCUCACCAAGAAGGAGAUAACCAUCGACACUUGCCUCAACUUCGAGACCCUCGAGACCGAGAUCCCGCUCGUCGUCAUCUACGGCGUCACCGGCGGCGCCAAGAUGCCGACUUUCAGUGGCAAGUGGGCUGCCGGCUGGCAGGCUGUCGGUCCCAAGGCUGUCGGCACACUCGGGCUCUCGCGCGAGAUUUUCCUGCAGCGGUACAUCCUCGACCAGCUCAAGACUGUCAACGCCAUGACGACGAUCGUCCCGAGCAGCGUCCAUGUCGUUGACGAUGUGUGGUACGUCGACCUCACGAGGUGGUACCUGCACCCGAUUUGGAACCAGUCCAAGGUCGGAUGCCAGUGGAAGCCGGUCAAGGCCGAGUCGCUCGACCACAUGAAGUACGAGUGGGAGUUCCGCGACGAAUGGAACCGCGGGCGUGAAGGCCAUGACGACGACGACAUUGCCAACGGCAAAUACUACCUCCACUGUAACACAAAGAACACGCUCAUCGUCCCGACUAAGUUCGAUCCCAAUGGCAUCGAGCUGGAUCUCCAUGGCGAGUCCAUCAUCAAGGUCGGUGGCAAGCACAAUGGCCAGAAGUGGAGCCGGUCCACAGUCGGCACCUGGGGCGCCAAGAUCAAGCUCGAUACCUCCAACGGCCUCAAGAUCGUCGUUGUCCCCAUUCCCGUCCAGGUCAAGCCGACCGUAGAGACCUGUACCGACGAGUGGACGUUUGACCCGAUCAUAGUGCACCGCCAGAACCUGAAGCUCGAGGACGACGCGCUUGACGCGGUUAUCGCCGGACAGCUUCGCCUCCUCCUCGAGGCGUCCUGGGAGUACUGUGUGAUGGGUAUCCAAUCCAUUAAACUUGCCACCCCCAUCAUCACGCAAAAGGGCGAUUUCAUCUGCGAGCUCGACCUCAACCAAGACAUGAUCCGUCUUCCGAUGCUGGACGUCAAGGAAUGGUUCAAGUACAGAACCAGGUGGUACGCCGAGUGGGUCAAGAACGGCAAGCUGGUGGCGUGGGAAUACGGUCAGAUCCGUGGCGAGUACACGGUCGACAAGGACGGCAAGGUCGACCAUACGCCGGUAGAGGACCGCAAGGCCAACGGCGCUGCCACCAAGGCGGUCGAACCUGCCCCGGCUCCGGCUCCAGCCCCAACCAAGGCGGUCGAGCCCGCUCCGGCUCCAGCCAAGGCUCCCGCCCCCACCCCGGCAAAGCCCGCAGAUGCCGGCAAGGACUCCACGAAGGGCCCCGCCCCCGCCACCACUCCCGCUCCUCAACCCGCCAAAGCCGCCGCAUGA